AUGAGAGAAGAUCGCUCAUUAGAAUUUGCCAAUAAUCAAUCCAAGAAUGAUUUAAUCGUUUCAUACGUAAAAGAGUUUCUACAAAAACAAUCUGAUUUUUGUUGGCUAACACAACAAUUUGAUCGCACAGUUGUUUCAGACCAUUUUCAAACUUUAGUUGUACAUUCAACUUUCCCAGUCAACUUAGAUCAAAGUGAUUUUGAAUAUUACAUUGAUAUGACAUUUAACAAUUUUCCAGAAGAUCUCAGAGCAAGAAUGAAGAAUUUAUUUCAGAAAAGUCGUCAAAAUCCUAUAUCGGAAGAUAUUACAUUUGCUGAUCAUGAGAAUGGUACAGUAUCAGCGACACUGGUACAAAUUUUAUCUCAGAAGAACGAUCGUAAUGAAUUGGAAAUGCUUGUUGGCUCGGUUUCUCUUACUCGACGUCCAUCAGAAGGUUCUUAUUUAUGUCGUUCACAUUGGGAACAACAUAAAGAACAAGUUAAAACAGCUUUACAAUAUAUCUACGGAAAAGAAGCAGAAAAAGAACUAUCCUACGAAUAA